GCCGAGGCGAGGGCUAUGCAGCAAGUUGUGUGGAGAGCGUCGAGAGAAAAAGUAUCAUGACAUCGGUAGACUGACACUCCUGUCUGUGUCUACUCCUUUUUCCAGCGAGAAAUACAGCUAGGUCGUCGAGAGAGAAUCGAAACGAGAGACGAGUCGUGAAAAAUUAUUCGUGAAAAGUUUAUGUCUCGACCCCCGCUACGAAUGACUCGAAAAUUUAGAACUAAAUUGGCAAGUUGUAGAUUUGAAAUUGAAAGCUACUGCUAACAUAACAAAGACAAGCGUCCUCCAUAAACAUGCACAUGCUUUUCAAGGUAAAUGAGAUAGGAGUCGGGGUGCCAUUCCGAAGGGCAACUAUGAUCUAAAAGUACCGCUAAAACGUCUAGGAGAAGUCGUGUGUACUAGUGGAACUGACGAGUAUAGGUGUCUUAUUCCUACCUCCAGCAGUGCUAGGGCACAUUGAGAUUUUUUAUGUGAAAAAGGAUGGACGAUCUUGGUCUCGAGGAUGACAUCUUCGGGGAUGUCGAAGACAUCCUAGAAGGUGCCUUUCAGAGAUCCUCUUCCACCACAGGGGAAGUAGAUCGUGAUCCUGAGGCACAAACACAACAAGGAGCCGCCGAAGCUGCACUACAGAAUCCUCCACCUGCUCCACAAGACAACUGCGACCUCGAUAAUGGAGUCGGAGGUUGGGAUCAAUCACCAGGUGACUUCGAUGAAGAUCUAGAUGACGAUUUGCAUUAUCUUCAGGUAGAGUCAACGCCGACAGCGGAGUCAGCGUCUGUCGAAGAGCUAUAUCUUCAAAAAGGACGAUUCGAUUCUGAUAAAGCACUGACGAGUUUAUGAUCAUUUUUUUGUUGGAGAGUGAGUAAGUUCUUGUAUUAAAUGUUUAGAAGUAAAAGAAGUAGAAAAAUUAGAAUUUUCAUUUCAUCUAGUUCUAGUAGAAGUUCUAGACCUACUUCUAGAACCACAACUCUGAUCAUCAUCAUAUGCAUGUCCUCAUCUCUAUGAUGAUUCUUCUAAGAGACCUUUCAGGGUCGCCUGAAGAAAAGGAACAGGGGAGGAAUUAUGACGAAGAUCAAACCGCUGGUGACGACGAAGAUGCAGUUGCAGUUGCGCCGUCCUCUCCUGUUGAAGAUGUAGAAGUACCUCCCAUAAUUGUUGAUGAUGGAGAAACUGGAAGUGCUCAUCAUCUCCACGUUGCAGAUCGAGAUGUACUUCUGGCUACGUCCCAACAUCUUAAUGUUGAAGAGCAGGAGCAGCCUUAUUUGGCUGAAGAUCGUUUCCAAGAAACGAACGGAGAUGAAGGUCAUCUCCAAGGAGAGGUAGUAGAGGAUGCAAAAAUAGGCUUAUCCACAUCACCCACAGGAGAAGAAGAUCCUCCUGCUUCGGGAGGCGGAAUCUUCUCCGAGAACACAACAGGAGUUGUGGAAGAAAAAUCAGAGGAACAAGAUGUGGCGGAAGAAGAAGAUCAGGAAGCACCAGAUGAAGUUGUAGCACAAUCAGAAGAACAAGAAAAAGUGGUGAUGAAAUAUCAAGAUCAAGCACGAGAUGAAGUACUAGUUGGACGAGCACAAUCAUCUUCAGAUGAGAUGAAUAUAGAACAACAUCACAUGCCGGAAAUUCCUUCGUCAGAGGAAGCAAAGGCCUCAUCGUCCUCGAGUGAGCCAAAGGCUUCGCAUCGUCCAGUACCUGAACCCAUUGGAUCUCCUACAACGACUUCUGACACGGACCAAGCUGCACCAGGAGGUAAAGAAUCUGAACCACGUGCUCAGACAAGUAGUACUACAGGACUUCUAGUAAAAAAACCUUCAGAGCAGGACACGCCGUCCGACAGCACCCUGUCUUUCGUCUCCUCAGGCGACUCGAUGUAUCAUCGAUUCUAUGAGGAAGACGCGAACUUCAUGCGCUCCAUGCGCAACGAGUUGAGACGGGAAGCUCUGACGGUAGAAGAAGUCUUUGGGGAAAACAAGACUCCAGAACAGCGAGUCUAUAGAGAAGCAGUCAAAAACGCAGUACUGAGUAGUAGUGGAGCUCGAGGUGACUUCACGGGCAACUUGUCCGCAGCGAUCAGGGAAGCGAGCGACUACAACACCUCCUUUUCCGGCAGUCGCACUGGCAGUCCGUCUCGGAGUAAGGCUACAUCUUCUUCGUCAAGCGAAGUAGAUGCAGCUUCUGCGAGUGGGACGGGAACGGCUAAUCCUAGUAAUGGAAAUGGUAAGUCUACUACUUCAAGUAGUUCUGCCUCUACUAGUUCUAGUACAACCGAAGCUGAUCCUGGCGGUCGUGGAGGUGCACUGUCUAGUGGCGGUUCGAGUUCAUCAUCCUCAUCUUCUAUAUCAACUAGUGAUCAAAAUCAGCAGGAGGACCCAGUAAGCACGACAAGUUCUGGUACUUUCAGAAAGAGUACCUUAUUAGGAGGUGGUUCCUCCUCUGGCGCUUCUUCUUCCGCGGCGCCUCUAGUGGCAGGAGGAGCGAUCGGCGGAGGUUACUUGACGAGUCCUCGAAUUCUGCGCUACUACAACCGUCUCAGAGAAGCAGCGGCCGCACAACAGCACUUUCUGGAUGGACCAAGUGGAGGAUUACCUGGUGCUGGAGUUUCUGUGGAAGCAGAACGAAUCUUGGUGCAGACACUUCAAGAAGGGCGUCGCGAACCCGCCACCUUCAUUCAGCAGCUGGCUACUGCAAGGGACCAUCUAGGGCAAACGUUGCUCCAUUUGGCAAGCGAUUUCGAGUCACCUGCAGCGUUUAAGUUGAUCGCUUGGUUGGCGAAGGAAGUUACAGUCCCUGUAGACGCUUUGGAUUUCCAGACUCAGAGGACGGCGCUACUGCGUGCUUUAGGGAAGAAGUUUGUGAGAACGGUGAAGGUGCUGCUGGAUUGCGGUGCUUCUGGGUCGAAACUUAUGGACUGUGUAUUGAUCAGAGCUGGUGGAUAUUUGAGUUGUUUCUUGCAUCAUUUUUUUACAGCUUUAGACACGACAUGAUCAGGCAUUUCCUAUGUAUCUGAAGAAACAGAAAGACAGUGCUUCAUCUUCUAACUCACGCGAUUCCCAAGGCGUCACACCUGCGAUCUACGCCGCACGCGAAGGCGUACGAGACGUCCUAUGGGUUUUGAUGCAUCGAGAUGAGCACUGCAUCUACCAAACUGACGCCAGAGGCAGCAAUUGUCUCCACUGGGCUUGCGCCAGAGGUCACAUCAGCAUCGUUCGCUAUCUUGCUGAUUUCAAGGCAAAUUUCGAGCACCAGGACGAAGAAGGGAAUACACCUCUACUGCGUGCCGUGUUGGCGGAAGAACUCGGCAUAGCUCAAUUUCUGAUUGAACGAGGUUUGAACGCUGUUUAAGGCUACCAGGAAGCAUCCUCAAGAGCGUGGUUAUCCCUGUCCUCUUUGUUUCUCAAGUGGAAAAGAGCGCCAAGGAUAAUGCCCCAGCAGGGAUGCCACUGAGGUAGCUCUAACCUGUCGCAAGGGAUCGAACCAAUGCAGGCGAAGAUGCUUUCAUGCUAGCAAGGGAGCGAUGCAGUCCGAUCUUCAACAAGCAAUUUGUGGAAAUGCACGAUCAUAUUCGAGCAGAGGCGCAUGAAAAGGGCUUGGAGGAUGAGGUCGAUUCUUCUAGUGCAUUGGACGACUCUCAAAACCUUCAUCAAGACGACGAAGAUGAAGACGAAAUGUUUCACAAAAUGGAACACACCGACUUGGAAGCUGGUAUGGUCAAAUCCUCAACCAAAAACAAGCACAAAAAUGCAGGUGGUAAUGCCGGAGGUACUAGUGGAGGAUCAUCUGUCUCUUCAGCGCGUCUUUGUUCUCGUCUCACAUCUGGGAAGCCAUGCACCAUCACAGCAAGAAUAGGGCGAAAAUGCUUCGCACCAGUCAGUAGCGUUUUAGUUCCUCCGCCAGUGCGAGUAGGUUUUCGAGCAGUGUGGCUCUGGAUGAAGAAAGUACUGCGGCAACCAAAGAAACGUGCGCUAUUGUUCCAGAGGCUACGGGCUAGGUAUUUUAGACGGUGGGCCAAAUGUCUCGUUACUUGGAUGCCUGUUGCCUUACUAGCCUCUUUCGCAGGCAUUCACUCGUGGUCGAGACACACUGUUUUAGAGGAGGAGAUGACUGAGUGGAGUACAGUACAUUCGAAUCCUGGUGGUGAAGAUGUGGAUCAUGUGAAGAUUGCAUCAAGUAGUAGUACAAACAAUAAAGAGGAACUUGAUGCUGUUUCUGCCGCGAAGACAACUACGGAGGAUGCUGCUGCUGCUGCUGCUAAACAAGAAGAAGGAGAAGCCGCUGACGGAGCACUUCACGCAGAGACAAGCACUAUCACUGGCACUGCUGGAGAACCAAGCACAUCAACAUUUCCUAAUGCAGGACACGAUAGUUUUGGUACCAGAAUCCUACGAACCGGCCUGAGGGGAUCAGAAGCAUGUUUUCUCAUAGCAUUCGUGUUGCUGCUACUGAGGGAUCCAGGUUUCAUUCCAAAAUCGACAGAUGGAAGGCAGGCACUUCUACGACAUUUCGCUGAGUUGGAUAGCACGAAACUGAUGUGUGAGGACCAGCGAGUGGUGAAACAGGUACUACGUCUAAGACGAAAUAAAAUAGACUUGCUUCGAAAAUUAGCAUUUCAAUUUAGAUUGGUUGAAAGUAAAAAUUUUGAUUAUAUCUCGUUUUAAUCAAAUUUCAUUUCAGACUUGGGUAAAAUUGUCUGAAACAAUUUGUCAGCAAAAAAAAAAAAUCGAGAAAAUAGUGCUGUAGUAAUGCCAUGCAUAAGUCCUUAAAAAUGAUCGCGCUUGUCCUUUCUGGUGAAUUGAGAGAAACGCUGAUGUCUUGAAUGUGAUGUUUCAGAUUUGUAAUAGAAAAUGUGAAAUUCAAGUAUUUUUGAGAUUUUAGAAAUUUGAAAUUCAAAAAAAUUUGAUUUUAUUACAUUUUGAACAAAUUCAAUUUCAGGCAAGCUCAAAAAACCCAACAGCAGUUAAUUGUGAUGUCGAACGUCGUAUAUUAAUUCCAGGCAAGCUCAAAAAACCCAACAACACUUAAUUGUGAUGUCGAACGUCGUAUAGUCGAAAUUUAUGUAUCAAGAGGCUUACUGUCUCUCUCAAGAAAUAGAAUAAUGUUCGAUCCUCAUUUUUAUCACCAGAAGAUAGCUAGUAGAUCAUCAAAAUUCCAGGUUCGAAAUUUUCGAUACUGCGAGCAUUGUCAUGUCGAGAAGCCUGUUGGUGCGAAACAUUGUAGGAUGACCAACAGGUGCAUAGCAGACUUCGAUCAGCACUGUAUUUGGAUCCGAAAUUCCAUCGGCCGCAAUAAUCAUCGCUUGUUCCUUUUUUUCCUGUUGGCUGCGUUUUUUAGGAGUAUGCUCGGGAUGUGCGGCUUCCUGCAAGCUAGCAGGUACGAGUUCCAGUAUGUGCUGGAGCAGCGAGCCUUAGACAAACGCAGUAUGAAGAAGAAAGGUCGUGCAACUUCGUCUGAGAAAAAACAAGCUGCUGCUUCUACUGCAGUGAAGACAUCUACAACUACUGUUGAGGGCGACGACAAGGAGAAGGAGAACAUGGAUGGUGGCGAUCAGCCAGUGAAAGAGCCUACUCCUGAAGCUGUGGAGGAGCCGACAGAGACUGCCAGUAGAGUUUUCAGGCCCAGCAGGAUAAUUAUGGAAGCGGACCCAGUAAAUUGCUAGAAGCGAUAGAGGAUCGUCUAGUGGUCUGUAGUAUUUUUUCUUCAUCAUCAUGUCCGGCAGAGGACUGAUUCUGAGACCACCGUUGUGCAUUUUGCCUAUGAAAAACUCCAAGAUCUUCUCCCUACCUCUAACACACGACGCAGCUUUUUCAACCGCGUUGUCGGCCAUCCGCCAGACCGGACAUUCAUCGGAGAUUUCUUCUACUUGAUGUCGUUGAUGUUUUUCGUGGCACUAAAUGGACUAGCCCUGUUGUGCAGUGGCACUGUACUGCGACAGCAAAUCCGCAGUAUCGGAAAUGGAGGACAAGAUCGUAGUGGUGGUGCUUUUUCAUCAGGUGGAUUAGGUGGAGGUGAUCUUCGUGGUGGUGAAAGUAACAUCUUAGGUUCAUCCCCUUCGCGAAAACGAAAUUGGUUAGCGUUUCUGUCCGGGAAUCGUAGUGGAGCUGGAGGUGGUGGGGGGCUUAUGACAGGUAGAAAACCUGAAAGAAAGAUCAUUGUAUAAGAGGGUCAGUAUUAGAGUGUGGCUCGAUGAAAGAAAUAUAUAAUAUGCCUGACAUAGUCUUCACUUCUGUAUUCGACAAAUUUUUAAUAUGCACCACAUCCACUCUGGUGUAUCUGUCUGUAUAACUCUUUUGAAAAGAAAUGCUCAAAAAACAAGUAGACUGACUCACGCAAAACCAACUAUCUAUAAAUCUUUUUCAAAUAGGUUGCAGUCUUGUACAACUUCUUCAUCGACAAUCAACAUUUCCUUCUAAUUGCGCAUAGGUAGAUGGGCUUUCUGAUCCUCUCCUAUAACCUAGGUCUAUCCCUUCAAACGAAUUAUGUACGCCAGCAAUGAAUUUUAAUGCAUCUACUGUAGAAUUUCCACUUCUUUGACGCAACUACACCAGAGGAAUAAUUGUACAACAUUCUUUCCAACAACGCCAGCACGACCACGACGCAG